AUUUUCAAAUUUGUUUGAUCGAUUUUGAAGAUAAACAAAUAUGUAGUACCUACGUUGCAAAAAAAAAACUCAUUGAAAUGGAUAAUUUGUACAGCAUAUAUGUGAAAAUGCAUUUUGUUCUUGGAAAAUAAAGAAAACAGUCAAAUGAAAGAUAAAGCAAAUUUCUGAAAACUUUGGCUCAAUUUCAAAAGCUUACAAAAUGGUUACUAAUAUUGGAUAUAUAAUGACCCUAGCAAAUGGUAUUAUAGGCGUUAGCAUUUUAGCAAUGCCUUUUUGUUUCAAACAGUGUGGAAUAAUAUUAUCAACGCUUAUGCUAUUAAUAAGUAGUGUAAUAUCCAGAUUUGCAUGUCAUUUUCUUUUAAAAUCAGCAAUAAUGGCUAGAAGACGCACAUUUGAAUUUCUAGCUUUUCAUGCUUUUGGACCAGCUGGAAAAUUUUUUGUUGAAAUUGGUAUAAUUGGUUUUUUAUUAGGAACCUGUAUAGCGUUUUUUGUGGUUGUUGGAGACUUAGGACCAGCUAUUAUUGCUAACAUUUUAAAUAUUAGUACUCCAACUGAAACUUUACGAUCGACAGUAAUUAUAACGUUAGCUAUUUUUUGUGUGUUACCACUUGGAUUAUUAAAGAAUGUUGAUAGUUUAAGUAGUGUUUGUACAGCUACCGUUGGGUUCUACUUUUGUUUAGUUAUUAAGAUUAUAAUAGAAGCACUUCCACAUAUCUUAUAUGGAGACUGGACGGAUAGAGUAGAAUUUUGGCGCCCAGCAGGCAUUUUACAAUGCCUUCCAAUAUUUUCAAUGGCAUUAUUCUGUCAAACGCAACUUUUUGAAAUAUUUGAUAUUUUACCAAACGCUUCAUUAGAAUCAAUGAAUUCUGUUGUACGUGGAGCUGUUAAUAUUUGUACUGCUGUCUACGUGUUUGUUGGGGUAUUUGGAUACAUAGCGUUUUGUACAAAACCCUUUUCUGGAAAUAUAUUGAUGAGUUUUGCUCCAUCAAUGACAACGGAUGCUAUAAAAAUUGGAUUUGUAUUUUCUGUAGCUUUUAGUUUUCCAAUGGUAAUUUUUCCAUGUCGGGCCAGUUUACAUUCGCUGUUAUUUAGAAAAGCUCAGAUUCCACACGAAGCAUAUGGAACCUAUAUACCAGAACAUCGAUUUAGGUGGUUAACUGUAUUAAUAGUAGUUAUCAGCUGUGUUACUGGACUUUUAAUUCCAUCAAUUGAAUUAGUUUUGGGACUAGUUGGAUCAACAAUAGGUGUUAUGAUAUGUGUACUUUUCCCAGCUACUUGUUUUAUUUGUAUGACCACUAAAAAUACAAAUGAGCGAAUUGUGGCACAGAUAAUGUUAUCGAUUGGAAUUUUGGUUAUGGUAUUGGGAACGUAUGCAAAUUUGUAUGCCAUGGAUGAAGCAUCAUCAGUGACUACGCUACUACCAAAAACUGAUACUAUUUUGAAUAAUAAACCUGAAAUGUACCUAGCGCUAAGUCAAGACAAAAUUAAUAACCCAAUUGCAGAACUUAAAGAAACUGAUCGAAAUAUUCCGCCAUCAUUAUUGGAAAAUAUUAAAAUAAAAUUGGAACAAAAUAAAAUCGCAUUUAAUAAAAAUAAAACAAGCGAGAUUGAGAAGAUAAAAAUUGAAAAAAAUCAAAAGGAAGAUGUAAAUAUUGUUGAAAGUGAAGUUCGACAUGAACCACCUCAACCAGUGGAACCCGAAGAAGUGCAUGAGAUUAAAGAACCUGAAGCAGUACAUGACCUAAAAGACGCUCUACCCGAAAUGAUUAUUGACAAAAUUGACUUAAGUAAGAAUCAUCUCGAUAAUAAAAAGGUAGAUAACUCAGUGGCAGUAAAUGACAUAAAACUUAGUGAAUCUCAAAUUCCAAAAAUAAUUGAGGCAGAUCAAAUUCCAAAGUUAAUUGAAAUAAAAAAAGAAAUUGAACCGGAAGUAAUUAAAAAGGAAAUUGAUUCGGAUACUAUUAAGAAGGAAGAAAAUAAAGAAAAUAUAAAGAAAGAAAUGGAUCUACAACAGAACAUUAAAAAAGAAGAAACAGAUCAAGAGGCUUUAAAAAAAGAGGAAGUGGAUCAAGAAGCAAUUAAAAAAGAAGAUCGAGAAAUUGCUGAAGAAACUAAAGUGGAACAAUCAACUGUUAACGCAGCUCAGCAAUUGUUUGAAAAAUUAAAGGCCCAAGGUCAAGAACAAGAAAAGGUAUUACAAGAAGCAAAACAAGUUUUAGCAGAAAUAAAAGAGCAAAAAGAAGAAUUAGAAAGAAAGCAACAAAUUGGUGAAUUAGAAAAGAAAAAAGCUGCUUUAGAAAUACAAAAAAUUGCAAAUAUUGCCAUAGAAACAUUAUCAAAAAGUGAAACUGAACUAAAAAAUUUGAAAAUUGAUACUAUUAAUGAAAUAAAAGACAAAAAAAUUGACACGAUAUCUAAAAAUGAGAAUAAUAUUAUUAAAAAUAAUGAAAAUCCUCCUUUAAAUGUGGAUAAUGAAGUAAAACAUUUUAAAUCUCCUGUCGCCGAGCUCUUAUUAGAAACACAUAAGAAUAAUAAAACACAAACUUUAGUUAACAACGAUAUAGAAUUAGUACAAAAUCGGUCCAUACUAAUGAAACCCAUUCCUUUAAUUAAAAAUGACUUAGCCAUAUCAUAUGAAAAAAAAAUUGAUUCUAUUAAAGAGAUAACUUCUAACAAAGAAAUUAAUUUAAAUCAAAUACCAAACGAAAAAAAUGUCGAAAUCAAACCAAAAAACUCAGUAAAAAUUGAAAUAAAAGACAAUAAAUUACCUCAAAUUGAGAUUAAAAAAGUUUUGAAUCCAUCGGAUAAUAAUCAAAAUACAAAUAAUGAAAUAAAACAUAAUCUAAAUUCCGAGCUGAAACUUUCAGAAAAUUUGCCAAAACGUGAUAUUUUAUCACAAGACACUACUUUAAACACGAAUAAAAAUAUCAGAAACAAACGAGAUGUUCAUCACGCAAAUAGACAACGUGAUAUUUGCGAUAUCAACCAAAAUAUUGAGACUGAUUUGUUAAAAGAAUCAAAAUAAACUCUAUAAAAUAUCUUUAUACAAUUUUUAUGUCUAUAUACUUAAAAAGUCUAUUUUCUGAAUAACUUAUCAAAAUUUUGUGAUACAUUUUAAAAUAUUUAUAGC